AUGGAUUCCAGCAAGCAGCCCGUUAAGCUCGUCAAGGUCACCCGUGUCCUCGGCCGUACCGGUUCCCGUGGUGGUGUCACCCAGGUCCGUGUCGAAUUCAUGGACGACACUUCUCGCAGCAUCAUCCGUAACGUCAAGGGACCAGUCAAGGUCGAUGAUAUCCUCUGCCUGCUCGAAUCCGAAAGAGAGGCCCGCAGACUCCGAUAA